AUGCUCAGUUCGGUGUCAGUCUCCUCUUUCAAAGGACGCAAGGGUGGGAACAAGUCGCCCAACAAAGCAUGUUACAGUGCAGACAUGACUUGUCCGCCAGACAGCGAGAAAAUCGUAAUAAACUGCGGAGGGGUGCGACACGAGACUUACCGCAGCACCCUCAAAACUUUGCCCGGUACCCGCUUAUCCUGGCUUACCGAUCCAGACGCGUUUAGCAACUUCGACUAUGACCCCAAAAUCGACGAGUUCUUCUUCGACCGCCACCCCGGCACGUUCACGUUCAUCCUCAACUACUACCGCACAGGCAAGCUUCACUGUCCCAACGAUGUGUGCGGCCCACUGUUCGAGGAGGAGCUCGCCUUCUGGGGCAUCGACGAGACGGACGUGGAGGCGUGCUGCUGGAUGAACUACCGUCAACACAGGGAUGCCGAAGAGGCGCUGGACAGCUUCGAGCAGCCCGAGCCAGAGGAGCCGGAAGACGACCUGGAGCUGACUGCGGACGGAGAGCUCAAGAGGCUGUGCCUGCACGAAGACGGGCGCAAGAGGAGCUGGUGGAGUGUGUGGCAACCCUAUUUCUGGAAUCUUUUUGAGGAUCCGUAUUCUUCCAAGAAUGCCAAGUACUGUGCGUUCCUCUCCCUUCUGUUCAUCCUCAUCUCCAUCACCACCUUCUGCUUGGAGACGCAUGAGGCCUUCAACACCAUCUACAACAAAACAGAAAACGUGACAGUGGGCAAUGUGACGCGUCAGGAGAUCGUCUACGAGGUGGUGACCGAUGGCUGGCUCACCUAUGUGGAGGGAACGUGCGUUAUCUGGUUCACCAUUGAGGUCAUGAUGCGCGUGAUCUUCUGCCCCUGCAAGAAGGAGUUCUUCAGUAGCACCCUCAAUAUCAUUGACUUUAUUGCCAUCAUGCCCUUCUACCUGGAGGUGGCGCUGAGCGGUCUGGAUUCCAAAGCCGCCAAAGACGUGUUGGGCUUCCUGCGAGUGGUGCGCUUCGUCAGGAUCCUGCGUAUCUUCAAGUUGACGCGUCACUUCGUGGGCCUGCGGGUGCUGGGCCACACGCUUCGCGCCAGUACCAACGAGUUCCUCCUCCUCAUCAUCUUCCUCGCCCUCGGAGUGCUCAUCUUCGCCACCAUGAUCUACUACGCCGAGCGCAUCGGCGCCGACCCUGACGACCCUACGGCCGCCAAACACACAAACUUCAAGAACAUCCCCAUUGGCUUCUGGUGGGCUGUGGUCACCAUGACCACUCUGGGCUACGGGGACAUGUACCCCGAGACGUGGUCGGGGAUGCUGGUGGGCGCGCUGUGCGCCCUGGCGGGGGUGCUGACCAUCGCCAUGCCUGUGCCCGUCAUCGUCAACAACUUUGGCAUGUACUACUCACUGGCCAUGGCCAAGCAGAAGCUGCCCAAGAGGAAGGGCAAGCACAUCCCUCGGCCCACCAUGCCGGGCUCGCCCAACUACUGCAAGCCAGACGCCCUGGCCAUGGCCACCGCCGGGCCGGGGAUGGUGAGCUCAGGCAGCCUGGGGGGAGGGGACUGCCCUCUGGCUCAGGAGGAGAUCAUCGAGAUCAACAGGACAGAUUCCAAGCAGAAUGGCGACGCAGCCAACGCAGCCCUGGCUAACGAGGACUGCCCCACCAUAGACAUGGUGCUUGGGGAGGAGAGGAGUCCUGCUGCUGGGGGUCUGGGCACCGGCGGGAGCCGUGAGCGCUAUCCCCAUGACCGCGCCUGCUUCCUCCUCAGUACCGGAGAGUUCCGUGCUACAGACGGCAACGUGAGGAAAGGUUGUGUCGUGUCAUGCGUUUCGACAGGCUAUGAGAAGUCUCGCAGCCUCAAUAACAUUUCGGGCAUGUCAGGAGCCCCCAUGCGCCUCACCCCCAUCACCAACCCUUUCGAUCCCCCGGGAACCAACCUCCGCCGCUGUCACUCCCCCAUCCCCUCCAUUUUGUAGCGUCAUGAUGUGGAGAAGCAAGCCAACAAGUCAACUGCAGGAGGAGCAUCAGGAAAGAGAGACAUACCAACACCACUAGGGCACCGUGAAUGGAGGAUGGACUGACAGCGCUUGGUAGAAGAACAGAACGAAACAAUGAUAAAAUUAACAAAAAAGGCAACAUACAUAUAUAGAAAUAUGCAAUGUAUAGAAAUAUAUUUGUAUCUAUGUAUAGUUAAUCCUAUGGAGACAUGCUGUAUAUCUGUGGCGCACAUGGGAGUUGUGUGGUUUUGUGUACACAGACAUGCAUCUACCUCUUGUCCAAGAUGCAAGAGUGCCAAUUCAUCAGAAUUAUACAUCAUUCCUUUCUUUCUCACUGUUUUCUGAGGGGGGAAAGGAGGGAAAAGGAAGUGUUGAAGGAGGACAACUGUUUUCCCUCCAUACCAGACAUCAGAAAAAAAGAGACCAAAACUUCUUAAAAUCCCGAUUUCUUUUGAAAUUUUGUUGAAAUGUAGAAGAUGACGAGGUUAUAGUGACAAUGUUUAAAAAAAAUCUAUCUUGAUAUACCCAAUGUCGACAUUUUAAUUAUUGUCACUCUUAUGGAUUGUAUAUUUUCAUUUAAGCGGUUGAUUUACAGAAAUGUUUAUUUUUGUAUUUUCCGAUGUUACUGUCUAUUUUAUUAUUGAUAUUUAUUGGCAUCGAAUGUUGCCAUCUAUUAAGGUAAUGCUUAUGUCUCUAACUGUUCGUAUCCAGUUCUGUUGCUUGAAAUGUGUCUGUCUGAUUUGAUGUGAUAUUUUGGGGUUUGACCUUCCUAUCUCUCCCCCUCCUUAUUUCUCACUCUGCUACCUGCCCCUCUCUCACUAGAGACAGAGGGUUGUGUAAGGACUGAAGGUGAAAUCUUUUCACAUUUCGUAGACAUGGCAUUCUCUAUGACUAACAUUAGCAUUAGCCUUAUACAGGUGUGGACUGUAUACACUCUAGAUAGUGUUAAGCUAAAAAAAAAAAAGCUAUUAGGGCAACCUCGCUCAGCGACCGAAGCAAAAAAAUACAAUUAGACAAAACCAUUCGAUAAUUCAAAGCUCAGGACUCGUUCGGUUGAGAACUGUGCCCUCUACAGGCUCAAGUGAUGCUGUGAGAAGGUUUGACUUUUUAUUCGUUUAAAAUAUGAACUGCUGUUGUGAGUCACGUGACAUAAACUCCAUAUCUGCAUUUCAUAUCUGCACAUAUCCAAUAGUAGCCCGAGUGCCAGUUGGUUCGUGCUCUAUUACCAAGUCCUUGUCACUCAUUGUCACAUCAAACAUGUCAUGUUUAGCUUGCCAAUGACAUAGGAGUUGGCUAGACAGCACAAACAGAUCUGGGACCACGCUAAUUCAAUAGUAGUGGGUGAGAAUCCGAAAAGCCUUCAUCUGUGUAGAGUUUGAGGUGGGAGUGACAGGGAGGGUGAAAGCUUGACCUAUAACUAUGUUUGGGGUGCACUCCAUUUUGAUUGCAGUCAAUUCAGGAGAUGCAUUGAAUCUCAAUUCAUUCAUUGAAAAUCGGCUGUUAUCUUAAAUGUCGGAUUGUUUUCAAUGAAUGGUUUGGAUUUUUAUUCACCUCCAGAGUUGAUAUAAUAUAAAUGGAAUUCACCCCAACUUGCGCCAGUACUCUACACCUAGAGUAAUAUAUAUGAUAAUAUAGUUAUAUAUGGUAGUACACAUAGAUAUAUUCCCUAUAUAUGGUUUUGUUGACACCCAGACACCAGUCUACAAACUACCAAAUCUAUUUUUUCAAAUUGUCUCUCUUCAUCCCCACAUCCCUCCCUUCCUCCCCUGUCUUCUCCCUUAAUCUAGUGCUUUGGUUGUUUGUUCUUGUAUUAUAGGAAUUAUUCUUAUACCUGUUAUUGGUCCAAAUGUUCUGUACAGUUGUAAAGUUUUGACUUAUUUCAGUCUUCAUGGGGUUUCCAUUGCGAGCAAUAAGGAAUUGAUAUGUCUAUAUCCAUAAUCAAGGAAAUGUGAUUUGAGAAGACAUCAGAUUUGAUCAUAAGCUUAAUGAAUGUGUAUAUAUUUACUGUAUAUAUUAAGUGCAUAUGAAUGUGUAUAUUUCUAUACACAACAUAUAGACUAACAGCAUGCUAUUAGGGGAAAAAGCACUCGGCCCUCACAGUUUUGUCUGAGAAGAGUUGGGCUUAUAUAUGCAUGCUAAGAUGUUCUAGGGUGGAAGAGACCAUUGGUACCCUAAUGGGGAGUGGGUUUGGGAAAGUUUUAUUUUUUAAGGAUGGGGAAGGGUAACCAGUGGUCUUGUGUAGCCGCUCUGUUAUUUCUUAUCGACCUUACUAGACUAACUGGUAAUAAUAAUUACUUUAUGAUUGAUCAUUUUUGUUAUCUUUUUACAGAGAACUAUUCUGAGAGCUCAGUGCUUAUCAGGUAUAUGCAAAAAGAAGCAGUAACUGUGAAUUAAUACUAGAGAAACAAAUCGACUUCUUCCUUUUCACACGUUAGUCAGAACACGUCCUCAAAACUCAAUUUCCCUCGGUGAAAACCACAUCGGCCAAAGCCCACCCAAACCCUACCGACUUUUCAACACACUUCCUCUCCUCUCUGUUUUCCCUCUCUCUUGUUCCAUCAAUCCAUCCUGUCCUGUCUUGUCCCUCUCUGGCUUGAAAUAUCCUGAGAUACAGUACAUACUCAACAUUUUAGGGGUUUAACGUUUGAAACGAUACGAUAACCUCCACUAUGUGGAGGGAAAGCUCACACAACGUUUUGCAUUAUUAGUGACAUUUUUUGUUGUUGAUAAACUAAUAACCUGUAACCUGGGAUAUGAUGUGCAUUACUUCGUUUUGCUACACCUUGUGGUUACUUAUUAGGACAGUUAUUGAGUCAUAGCAGAUGGAAAAACUAACCUCGACUGUCACGAACAAUCUACAAAUAGACUAUACUUCCCCUCUGGUGGUAGAAUUCACACGUAACCAACCGUAGGCUACAGACAUGGAUGACUCAUUGUUGAGCAAAAAUGCUUAUGCUACUUCCUUGUGCAUCCUGCACGUUCUUUAAACUUUAGGCUGCAUCUGAAAUGGCACCCUAGUCCCUAUAUAGUGCACUACUUAUGACCAGAGCCCUAUUAUAGGGAAUAGGAAUAGUCAAUACCCACUGGGCACAACGUGGAAUAGACAUUGAAUUAACAUCUGUUAACAUCAACGGGUCGUGAAUUUUCCUCCAUUGUCACUGGGACAGGGAGGUGCUGCUCUUUGACAAGCAGUAGGAGGUGAGCAUGUGACAUUCUAGAAUGGAUCAGUAGAGGUAGUUCUGAUAGGUGGUUAUUUUGCUCAUUAUUGACGGGCAAGUUGAUGGUUUAGUUAGUGGGGUCAGUUAGUAGAGUGAUGUUCAGGUCUGUGUAUUAUAGCAUGUUUUUGUUCAAUCGUUGCAGAUAAAAAAAAAACUCUGAAGAAGUUCUUCAGACACUUUUUUACCAAUCCUAAGAAAGGAGAAGGACUUUAAGAUGCUGAAAUGGAGGAUGUUUGUAGUCUAGUCAACAACUGACGUAGAAAUGAAUUGAAUAAUAUCACCAGUGCAAUGUUUUUGACUACACCUCUGUCUUCCCCCUUUUCCACAUUUCCCCUUUCCCUCUCUUCGUCAGUCUCCCUACACUCACAACUCAGGUAUAUCUCUCUCUAUGUUGGUUUAAAUCAGUGCUUCCAGACGUAAUGUCUAUCAGAGCCGAACAGAGAGAAGGUUUGAAAAUGUUUUGCUUCCUCUCUGCUGUAUGUAUGGACGUGUAAAUAUUGUAUGUGUCCUGUGUUCUCAUCCCAGCUCACCUAUGUACCCUGUUAUGUGAUUCUGAGGUUGUUUUGUCCCUCCCCUCUCCUCUCUCUCCGACACACACGUUUCACCACCAUCUCAACCUACCCACUUUCUGCUAUAAUUUGUUGUAUUGGUAUUUUGAGAUGUGCUUUCUCUACUGUUUCCAUUACAAAAUCCCAAACUGAAACAACAGACUUUGGGAAAAUGAAAAGACCCAUAAACGUUAACGUUUCAUCUCCCCUAAAAGUGGAUUACAAACGUCUCCCGAGGAUAGGAGUGGACAGAAAAAAGGACAGAAAGACUGUCAGAUGUUACGUAUGAUGUUUUUGUUUUUUUGGGGGGGGAAGGGGGUAGGAACUGUAUAUAUAUAUUUAAAAAAAGGAUUGUCAUCAAAGGAAGAACCAUGAAAUGGAGGACAGUUUGGGGAAGAAAGAAAAAAACUAAAUGAGAGGAGGAAGUAAGCUGAUCACUUCUCAGUUGUUGAGUUUCUAAAAUUCCCCUUCCUGUCCAAGAAGAGGAACAACCAUAGGACACAAUUCACCCAGAGCUCCCUACUGGAUUCACUGUGGGCUGAAGGGAUGCGUAACCGGAGAGAGAGGGAGAGGGAGAGAAAAAAGGAGAGCGAGCGAGAGAAAGAAAGAGAACUGAAGGUGAUGGUGAUACUGGGCGGAUGAUAGAGGACAAAGAGAGUCAAAGAGAUUUGUUCAUCCCUCCGCACCAGAAGCAUCCUUCGUUCCUGUGGACUCCUCAAUCAGCACCAUCCUGUAGAAAAACAAACUCCAGACCAACAUAACAGACUUACAGACUGAAACACAUACCUUAUGUCAGCAUACUUUACACUGUCUUAUUAUACUACGUUUAUUGACAUUGAAAUCCCAGACAAAUGAUAAAAGAAACAAACAAUAGAACAGAAUGCCCCUAGGAAAGAGCCAAAGGGUUAUGGGACAGUAGGACAAUGUUCCACAACUUGGUUGUCAUCCUACUGUAUCAUAGACAAUGUAUGCUAUUAACCACUGUCAAAUGUUCCCUUAGACAAAUGACAUGUUACCGGCUCUCAGAUACAGUAUAUUCAAUUGUUUUUAAAUCUUCCUAUUUGGUACUUCAAAGAUCGGACAUACAGUACGGUAGGCAACAUAAACAAACUACUGCAGUGGUCUGAGAUCACUCAACACAGUCAGCGUGGAUGUGACUACAGAAAGGCGAGCCAGGUGCUAGCCAAUGGCAAAAUACAUUUACAUAACAGUCAUUUUACUGUUUUGCAGCCAAACACUAUGCAAAGCAAUGAGGCCGAAUGACCAUUGCGUCCAGUGACUCUUGAGUCGGCCCACUAUGGUGACGCUACCUUCUUAUGUAAAGUCAGUCACAGCUGUUGGACUGUUUUCAGUGAUUGACAGCCCUUCUCUUACCCUCUCACAAGAGACACACUUCAGAAGAUACUGAAUUAUGGGCCACUAGUAGAGCAACCAGUUAUACAGUAUACCAGGCCAUUGGUCAUUUCAUAGAAACCUGCACAUAGGUCUGACAUACGAUACACUCCCUGACUGACUGAUGUUGACUCGUGUUGCAUGAGAGAGGGUGUCGGCUGACCCUAACAGACCUACUCAUCGACCACUUUGAAGGAUUUGGGACUAAAGAAAACCAGAGUGUGUGUGCGCGUGUGAGAGUGUGUGCGCUGGAGAGUUGAGGAGGACGCCAAAGGAGAGAGACACUGGAAGCAUGACCGCAAUGCGCAUGCCAAGAACGCCAGCGACUGCUGGAAAACAAGGACAUACAUUGCCCUCUCUUUCUCGCUCUCAAUCGCUCCCUCUCUUUAUCUCCAACCCUCUGCAUCUCAGCAUUGCUGCUCCUCCUCCGUAGCAAACUGCAUGGCAUGAUCGAAAAAAAAACCUGAGGAACGAAACGUAGAGAACAAAAGGAUGGAGAGAGAGACCAGAGAGACUUUAUUUUUUAAACCAAACAAUCAUAGUCACAUCAACCUUUUUCAAAAAGAUCCAAUUGGUAACUAUUUGCAAGUGUCAAGGUAACAGACGGUCAACUGCACGUUGAGAGAGUGGCUACUGUAAAGGUCUCUCUCCUUUCUGUAGAAAGGAGGAAGGUCAAAGAGCACUGCACCUCUGGGGGGAUCAGAGAGGUUCACAAGGAAGUGUGAGAAAAGAGCGGGAAGAGGGUGAACUUUGAUAAACAAUUCCGGGAAAAAGUGAAAAUGCAUUUUUAUUACUUUGUUUACCAGCAUGACUAUUCUGCAUGAGUCUACUUCUGCAAGCCCUAACCCCACCCCCCUCCCUAAAAAAGAGGGCUAGGAAUUGAAAAAAUGUACAAAAUCGAGACAAAACUAAAAAUAUUUAUGUUAUAUGCAACUCAUUUUAAAAAAGAGCAGGAUUAUAUAAAAAAAAAAUCUAUAUUUUGUUUUGGGAUAAUAAAAAAAGGAAUAACGAAAAAAAUAUAUAAGAUUGCAAGAUACACAUUGAACAAUGUUUUCUUAGACAAAUAAGAUAAACACACACCACAUAAUCUACCAGAGAUGAACUGUGCGAGGAACUUCCCCUGAUACUACAACUACUCUACUACUACUUCGAUGACUACUCUUCUCCCUCUCUGCUACUUCUUCUUCUACUGCUCUCACUCUCUGGUCCUACCGCCCUGAUUGCGCCCCCUGCUACCAAUUCUCUGUCUUCCACCCCACUGUCCAUCCAGGUCCCCUCUCCACUGUCUGUCUGCAUAACUCUGUUUAGUUGGACUGUGCUCAGAUCCGAUGGGUCAUCCAAACGGGCCGGAACGGACUAUACCUGAACUUGUCUAACAAGUUUUCCGCUGCAAAGCUGUUUGCUACGGUGUGCACCAAUGAAUACGACCAUGAUGGACUCUGUUUUUGUUCUUUCAGUCUCGUGCUCAAGGUGGGAGAUGGCAGCUUCACCACCGGGACGCGGUUGUAGACUCUAAGGUCUCGGCUAACUAAAGCAGUUUAGCGAUACCUAGCAGAGAUUAAACCUCACCCCGUCCCCAGGCUAAAACCCCAAUGCGCAUUGGGAGAAAGUCUCUGAUCUGGUGAACGAGGUUAGCGAUGACCUAACACAACAAAUAACAUUAAUUGGCUUGUGUAGCCUAAUAAUAAUGUAGCUCUGACCCUGUACUGUAGCUAGCACCUGUAGCACUGCACUGACUGGCCAUAGAUAGCGCCAUAUUAGCUCAGCCCUGAUAUUGUAGCUAUACAAGGCAUAGCUUUGUGCUGCUAUGACAUAAUGUACUGUAGGCCUAUCUCCCUGAUUAUGGAGAUGUGUAUAACAUGUCGUUGUGGCAUUUAACCCCCCCAACUCGCUUACGCUACAGCCCAUGUGACAGUCAACAGUGUUUGUUUUACACAUGCUGGUGCCCCCGGCGUUGGUGAAGCAGCCAUCUUUGCUCCAUUUCCCAGGUGGGGAUAGCAUAUUGCCAGGAAAGCUGCUGUUCAGAGAUGCGUGAAGGGAACGCCAAACGGUCUAUCUAUGCUAUCAUAAUGAGUUUAUCUAGAUAAAUUGUUGUCGUUUCUGUUGAUGAACAAAAGCUCUUGUUGACCUUCCACCACCCCUGCCUGUUUUGCAGUAUGGCUGUAUGCAUCGCACCAGGCACCUCACCACACACGCUCAACAACAACAUAUUUUUGGUUUUAUUUCCCCGUUUUUUCAUGUUUAUUUUCAAGUGAUUUUGUUGUUGUUGUUUCUAGGUCUGUAUGUAUAGGUAAUAUCACCAGUCACCGCAAACCCUUAGCUAGGCCCACAUCAGAGUUGAGAUAAUAUGUCGUUUAUCCCCAAUGAAGAGUGCCAUCAUCUGAGCCGUGGUUAGUCUCUGGUGACACUGGUCUAGCCGAGUGUUACGGCAGAUCAGGGUUCAUCUCAAGGGUGUUAUUUAAUGUUACAAUGGGGGAGGAGGAGAGGAGUGUUAAUAAUGCUGGGGGGGGGGG